AUGUAUGCAAAGAACAAAGACUAUUACACCAACAACAACCCUUUUGUUGAUGAUUUCAUUGAUCCACUUUGCAAGCUUAACCUAAGAGAAACCUCUGAGUUUGUCAAAUCUUUCCCAUUACCAAAACCAAAUGCAGAAAACACAAGAUUCAGCAAUGAUUCUUCAACACAGUUGAGAAAACUAGAAGCUCCUUCAACACCUGGUAGACCGCUCUUCAGCUUCAGCUCUUCUUCAUCUUCCAUUGUUGGAAGAAACAAUCUUCCAAGAAAGAGUUUUCCUUCCAAGUGGGAUGAUGCUGAAAAAUGGCUCAUAAGCACUUCCUGUCAUGACUCACCAGCUCACAACAACAGCAACAAUAGCCUUAAAGCUGUUUCUUCAGAUUCCUCAAACAUUGGAACCAAACAAUGUGAUAAUAAUAAUAGUAAUAGCUUUAAGCAGAAAAUGGAAGAAAAGGUUUCAAAAGUUGUUACUAAAUGUCAAAGUUCUUCUUCAACUUUGGACCACAAUAAAGCUUUCAAUGGAAUCUCUUAUCCAACAGACAUAGUUCUAAAAGACAAGUUCACAGACAGCAUAGAACCGGUUUUACCGAAAUUCAUCUAUUCAGAACCAACAAAAGAAGGCUUCUUGUUUAAAAACAAAGCUUUUGAUGAAUCAAUGAAUGAUGCUGCAUACACUGAAGUUAUUCAUGAGGUUAAACACAAGGAUGUUGGCACGGAGAUGACUCCGUUAGGAAGUUCGACGACUUCGCGAUGUCAUACGCCGUUCAAGAGUUCCUCCCCUGCGCGGCAUAACACUCCGGCUAGUAGAUCAGGACCGUUGGCGUUGGAUGAUGUCGAUGGCAAUGGUUGCAGUGUGGAUGGUAUUAAGCUGGAAGAGUGUCAUUUUGAUAAACUGCAAUUUGGAACAGCCAAGUAUGAUUUGGUUGCGCCGAAUUGGAGUUCAAGUGAAGAGGAAGAGAAGGAGAUAUCGAAAAGUUUGAGACAUAAUGCUAGCUUGAAAGCUGAUUCUGAUUGUGUUGCUUCUACUUGGGAAGAAGAGGAGAAGAAUAAGUGUUGUCUUAGGUAUCAAAGAGAAGAAGCAAAAAUCCAAGCUUGGAUUAACCUCCAAAAUGCUAAAGCAGAAGCUAGGUCAAGAAAGCUUGAGGUGAAAAUCCAAAAGAUGAAAUCAAACUUAGAAGAGAAGUUGAUGAAGAGGAUGUCAGUGGUUCACAGGAAAGCUGAGGAAUGGAGAGAAACAGCUAGACAGCAGCACUUGGAACAAAUGGAAAAAUCAACUCAACAUGCUAAAAAGAUUAUUCAUAAGCAUAAUUCACAAUUUUCUAGGUACAACUCAUGUGGAUGUUUUCCUUGUAAUAACAAUCAUUGA